AAGAGAGCCGAAGGCAGCCGAGAGCGAGGGAGAGAGCAGGCUUUCGCCGGCUAUGUGGCAAUUUCUUUGGCGUUUGCUGCUGCCAGGGCUGCACAGCAGCGGGAACAAACGGAACUAGCUGAGAGCUGGGAAAAUUCGGAAAACUGCGACCAGUGCUGGAUUGGUGCGGGGAAAGCGUCAAGUCAAGUGAACAUAUGGAGACAGUGGCAAAAUAUUUAGCUGUGCGCCAGCCCUGGUCCCAGUGAAACCCAAACACACACAAACACACACACAGAUACCCGCGCGAGGCGACUCGUCUCACAGGUGAGCAGCGCAGCAGCAGCAGCAACAGCAACGGCAGCAGAGCAGCGUCGAAUAGCGCCCAGAGCAGAUUCAGAUUCGGUUUCUGCCCCUGCCUGCGUCCGAUUUCAGUUCCAGAUCCAACACCUGCAGCGGCGGCACGACAGUUACUCUAUCGCUGUGCCUGCGAGUGAGUGCGAAACGCUCCACGAGAAGGGAAAACUGCAACGUGGAAAGUACGUCAGCGAACGGAACGGAAAAUCCUCACUUUUUUAAAACACCUGCUCUCCUGCUCCUGUUCCUGCCACUCUGCGAUGGCCAUUAAGCCCGGACUUGGUCGCAAGACCAGCAACAAAAAUCCGCCUAUCCUUAGCCAUGAGUUCGUGAUCCAGAACCAUGCCGAUAUCAUCUCCUGCGUGGCCAUGGUGUUCGUUGUGGGCCUAAUGAAUGAAUCGACGGCCGCCUUUGCCAGCGCCUUCAUCUCGCUGCACCACAAUGUCAGCGGGGAGGAUCCCAGCCGGGAGCAGCCAUAUGGCAAGGCCUACACCUAUAUUGCCGGCAUCAAGGACUAUUGUGCGAUAUUCUUUUACACGCUCACCUGCAUCAUCAUGCACGCCAUCAUCCAGGAGUUUGUGCUGGACAAAAUCAGCAAAAAGCUGCAUCUGUCCAAAUUCAAGCUGGCCCGCUUCAACGAGUCCGGCCAGCUGGUGGCCUUCUAUCUGCUGUCCUUCGUCUGGGGCGCCCAUGUGGUGCUCAAGGAGGGCUAUUUGGGACAGGUCGCUCAGCUGUGGGAGGGUUUCCCCGACCAUCCGAUGAGCUUCCUUCACAAAUUCUACUUUAUCGUUCAGCUGGCGUACUAUCUGCACAUGCUGCCGGAGCUGUACUUCCAGAAGAUCAAGACCAAGGAGGAGCAACAGCCCAAGAUUAUCCAUUCGAUCAGCGGCUUCACCCUCAUCGUGCUGGCCUACACACUGAGCUUCCAGCGUCUGGCCUUGGUCCUGCUGACCCUGCACUAUUUCAGCGAACUGCUGUCGCAUGUCUUCCAGCUGAUCGGUGUCUUUGAUCGCGAGGAGCGUCUGGCCAAGCUGCGUGUGGUGAAUAAUGGUGUGUUCUUCCUUAUACGCUUUGCCACCUCGGUGAUUGGUGUCCUCACGCUGCACUAUGGUAUCGGUGGAUUCCGUUCCCUGCUGGCCCUGGGCGGUUUGAUUGCUCUGCAGGGCUACCUGGUGUUUUCGUUCAUUACGGAGCAGCUGAGGGCCAAGCGGGAGGCCAAGAAGGAGGCCAAACGAGAGGCCAAACUGGCACUGCAGACAAAGAAGCCAUCGAAGGCGCCAAAGGAUAAGGUGAAGCGCAAGAAGGAGAGCGAUCUGCCCGAGGCGGAUCAGUCUUCGCCCAGUCCCGUCAAGCAGAAGCUCAAGUGAGAAGAGAGCUUCUCCAUCUCCUCGCAACGCAGAGCAACAAAAUCUUCCGCACACUUCCAAUCUACAGAGAGAAAGAGAGAGCAGCACCAUGGACAAGGGAGCCUAGAAUAGCUAGUUAUAGACGAUUGUAAAGCACGGCUCCACCUGUUUUGUUUUUUUUUUUGUAAAUCUCGAUUAGCUCCAAAAACUACUGCAAACAUUUCUGCUGCAUUUACUUCCUCAACACCCACAACCACAACAACAACACACACACACAACAAGAAACUAUUUCUUAGCCUAAAUGUUUUGUUUCAUUUUAAGUUCAUAUCAUUUUUUUUUUUAAAUAAAUUUUUUUAUUUUUAUACAUACACAAAAAUGAAAAAUCAAAAAAAAAAAAAAAACUAAAGCUUAUUAUUGUAACGUGUGUUUUUUGUAAUUGUUCUUCCUUGUAGCAAGUAAAUUGUUCAAUUGCUGAAUAACUGAAUGAUUUCACAAUUUCCGAUCGUCCUAUUUGCAUGUAAAACUAUUUUUUAUAAAACUUAAAAACUACAAAAAAAAAAGAAAGAAAGAAAGAAAGAGUGAAGAUGAACAAGAACAAGAAGAAAAGAUUGUAACGAAGCAACAAAACAUUGCUAAAUAUAUAAAAGAAAAUAUAUAUAUUUUGUAUAAGAAAACUGAAA